AUGGACGACCUCCGCCAGGCCUGCGAUCGCUGUCACGACAAGAAGCUGAGAUGCCCCAAGAUGGCCGGCUCGGCCAGCUGCAGCCGUUGCGAGAAGGCCUGCGUCCCCUGCAUCUUCAGCCCUCCCACACGGCCUCAGCGCGCGUCCGCCCACCCUGCCCUGUUUGACUGGGCCUUACUACAAGAUCCGGAGCUACCAAGUGAGCGGGAACCUGCUUGCGACAGCAGCCUCCCCUGCCUCUCAAUGGCCUUGGCUCCGCCAACCGAGACCACGAAGCUUGCGGGCCUCGUCAUAUCCCUGGACCGCCUCUGGCGUUUCUUCUCAUCGGAAAAGCUUCUUGACCUCAAGGACCAGCUGCAUGCCCGCGUUAACCUCGUCGGUGGUGAUUCCGACUUGCGCCGUGCCUUGGAGGAGUUGCUCAGCCAUGGCCAGGCCUUGUCAGGGCUGUACCUUGAUGUCGUUGACCUCAUGGCACUCGGCCGCCGUGGUGCUGAUACGGGAACCCCUGACCCACCUUCAUCUCAGGCACCGCACCCUUCGCUUGAUCAGACGACACUGGGCCUCCUUUUCGCCACCCAUCUUCGCUAUCUGGAUGUCCUCGACUGUCUGUUGGUGUUUGCUCGGUUGUGCGCCAGCAUGGCACCGUCGUUGCCGGCAGACUACGAUCCUGAUUUCGAUGUCCCGGAGAUCCGCGUCGGCUCCUUUGUUGCGCCAAAGAGCACGGCCGCAUCCAUCUUCAUCUCCAUGCUUGUGGAUCUUCAGGUGCUCCUGUUGGCGAGAAGUCAAAAGUUGCAGAGCUCGUUACCGCCAGCUACUCCUGACGCCUCGAGGGAAGUCCCGAUACUACAUCUGCAGAUGGAACAUUUGACGGAGCGUGCCGACAACAGCCUGCAAGAGAUGAGGCAGUUAAAGGAGCAUUUGAUCAGGGCCGGGGCAAUACGGUGA